UUCUUUAUUGAACUAGCGCGCAGAUACAGUUUCAAUUUUUCGUUUGCUUUUCUGAAUCUCUACCUGCAUCUUCAUCCCUCUUCAGCUACCAGUUCGGAUGGCCGUCAACGAUGCUGACCAAUCCAACAAGGCUCACAGAAUCCGUCAAUCUGGUGCCAAAUCCUUCAAGAAGAAGCAGAACAAGAAGAAGAAGCAGGACGAUGAUGAUGGACUCAUUGACAAACCUCAAAACCCUAGAGCCUUCGCUUUUUCUUCCACCAACAAAGCCAAGCGCUUGAAAUCACGCGCCGUCGAGAAGGAGCAGCGUCGCCUCCACGUUCCUAUUACCGACCGCUCUUACGGUGAACCCGCCCCUUAUGUCAUCGUCGUGCAGGGUCCACCCCAGGUUGGGAAGUCACUGUUGAUCAAGUCUUUGGUUAAGCAUUACACCAAGCAUAAUUUGCCUGAAGUUCGCGGUCCAAUUACUAUUGUGUCAGGAAAGCAAAGGAGGCUGCAGUUUGUGGAAUGCCCUAAUGAUAUCAAUGGUAUGAUAGAUGCAGCUAAGUUUGCUGAUCUAGCACUUCUCCUUAUAGAUGGGAGUUAUGGUUUUGAAAUGGAAACAUUUGAGUUCCUUAAUAUUUUGCAAGUUCACGGGUUCCCCAAAGUCAUGGGGGUUCUUACACAUCUUGAUAAAUUCAAGGAUGUUAAAAAGUUGAGGAAAACAAAGCAGCGGCUCAAACACCGCUUUUGGACUGAAAUAUAUGAUGGUGCUAAGUUGUUUUACUUAUCAGGCCUUAUUCAUGGAAAGUAUGUCAAGCGUGAAGUUCACAAUCUUGCUCGAUUUAUUUCGGUCAUGAAGUUUCAUCCUUUAUCUUGGAGAACUUCCCACCCUUAUGUUUUGGCAGAUCGUUUUGAAGAUAUCACUCCUCCUGAAAAAGUGCAUUCAAAUAAUAAAUGUGAUAGAAAAAUCACACUUUAUGGUUAUCUCAGAGGCUGUAAUUUGAAAAAGGGCAAUAAGGUGCACAUAGCUGGGGUCGGUGAUUAUAGUUUAGCUGGUGUUACUGCUUUACCUGAUCCAUGUCCUCUUCCAUCUGCUGCCAAAAAGAAGGGACUGCGUGAUAAGGAGAAAUUAUUCUAUGCUCCAAUGUCUGGCCUUGGGGAUCUCUUGUACGACAAAGAUGCUGUAUACAUAAAUAUUAAUGAUCACUUUGUUCAAUUCACAAAAGUUGAUGAUGAAAACUCUGAUAUUACGAGAAAAGGAAAUGAAAGAGAUAUAGGAGAAGUUUUGGUGAGAUCGCUUCAGGAAACCAAGUACCCAAUCAAUGAAAAGCUGGAGAAUAGCAUGAUCAAUCUUUUUGCUCAAUCUUCAGAAGCUCUAGCUGAGGCUCAGGGUGCAAACAUGGAUGUCGAGCAAGAUGGCAUAAUAGAGACUGUGAAUUAUAACGAGAUGGAUUCAGAUGGUGGUUCAGAAUCAUCUGAUCAGGAUGAAGCUGAUGCCAUGACAGGUUCAGGAUUACCCGACCAAGCUGAAGAUGAUGCAGCGGGUGACAAAUCUACAAACAAAGACCACUUAGAAGAACAUAUUGAGUUUCACAAUGGAAGAAGAAGGAGAAGAGCAAUCUUCGGUAAUGAUGCUGAUCAAAGUGAUCUGAUGGAUUCAUCAGGAAAUGAGGAUGGUUCUGCCAGUGAUGAUGGGGCAUCUUCUGAUUCAGAAUCCUUAAACGAAGAGGAGGAAGAUGAUGUCAUGGGAAAUGUUUCAAAGUGGAAAGAGUCUUUGGCUGAAAGAACACUCUCACAGAAAACUCCUAGUUUGAUGCAACUGGUCUAUGGGGAAUCUACUGUUAAUUUAAUAUCUAUAAACAAAGAGAAUGAUAGUAGCGAAGAUGAGGAAAGUGAUGGUGACUUUUUUGAGCCUAUAGAAGAAGUGAAAAAGAAAAAUGUGAGAGAUGGAUUGAAUGAUGGAAACGUCAACACUGAGGAUUAUUCCAAGUGCGCACAAUUUAUGGAUAAGAGAUGGGAUAAGAAAGAUAAUGAGGAGAUUCGCAACCGUUUUGUGACUGGAAAUUUGGCAAAAGCAGCACUCAGAAAUGGACUACCAAAGGCUACUACUGAAGAGGAAAAUGAUGAUGUCUAUGGGGACUUUGAAGAUUUAGAAACAGGAGAAAAAAUUGAGAAUAAUCAAACAGAUGAUGCGACACACAAUGGAGAUGAUUUGGAAGCAGAGACGCGGAGGCUUAAGAAACUUGCUCUUCGUGCAAAAUUCGAUUCUCGAUUUGAUGAUGACCCUGGGACACCAGAGGAAGAUGGUGGUAAUGAAAAUGAAGCCAAGUUUCGUCGAGGUCAGCCUAAUGAAACCAGCUACUUUGACAAGUUGAAGGAGGAGAUAGAACUCCAGAAACAAAUGAAUAUUGCUGAACUCAACGAUCUUGAUGAGGCUACCAGAUUGGAGAUAGAGGGUUUCCGAACAGGGACAUACGUAAGAUUGGAGGUCCAUGACGUUCCUUGCGAGAUGGUUGAAUACUUUGAUCCCUACCAUCCAAUAUUGAUUGGAGGAGUCGGUUUAGGGGAGGAAAAUGUUGGAUACAUGCAGGCCAGGUUAAAGCGACACAGGUGGCAUAAGAAAGUCCUGAAGACUAGAGACCCAAUUAUUGUUUCUGCUGGAUGGAGGCGUUACCAGACAACUCCUGUUUAUGCUAUUGAGGAUCACAAUGGAAGGCACCGUAUGCUGAAAUACACUCCAGAACACAUGCAUUGCCUAGCUAUGUUUUAUGGUCCUCUUGCUCCUCCCAACACCGGAAUAGUCGCUGUUCAGAAUUUAUCAAACAAUCAGGCAACAUUUAGGAUUACUGCAACUGCAGUUGUACUUGAGUUUAAUCAUGCAGCAAGGAUAGUGAAAAAAAUAAAAUUGGUCGGUUACCCAUGCAAGAUAUUCAAGAAGACAGCUCUAAUCAAGGAAAUGUUUACUUCGGAUCUUGAAAUAGCUCGGUUUGAAGGUGCGGCCAUUCGAACAGUCAGUGGGAUAAGGGGGCAGGUCAAGAAGGCUGCAAAAGAAGAGAUAGGUAACCAACCAAAAAGGAAGGGUGGGAUAACCAAAGAAGGAAUUGCUAGGUGCACCUUUGAGGACAAAAUUUUGAUGAGUGACAUUGUUUUCCUGCGUGCAUGGACUCAAGUUGAAGUUCCUCAGUUCUAUAAUCCAUUGACAACGGCAUUGCAGCCUCGUGACCAGACCUGGAAAGGAAUGAGAACUGUUGCAGAAUUGAGAAGAGACCACGAUCUUCCUGUGCCUGUAAACAAAGAUUCUCUUUACAAGAAAAUUGAAAGAAAACCUAGAAAGUUCAAUCCAUUGGUGGUUCCUAGGAGUCUACAGGAAAGACUUCCUUUCGCAUCCAAACCCAAGGAGACACCCAAGCGAAACCAGCCAUUACUUGAACAGAGAAGGCAAAAGGGUGUUGUCAUGGAACCUCGCGAGCGAAAAGUUCUUGCUCUUGUUCAGCACAUCCAGUUAAUAAAUCAUGACAAGAUGAAAAAGCGAAAACUUAAGGAAAACGAAAAGAGGAAAGCACAUGAAGCAGAAAAAGCAAAAGAAGAGCAGUUAUCGAAAAAGCGCCGUAGAGAGGAAAGACGAGAGAAGUACCGAACACAAGACAAGUCGAGUAAGAAAAUGCGGAGAUCAGAGGCUUGAGUAUCCAAAAUUGAUUUCAUUUGAACUUCUUCACGCAGUUUGAGCAUCAUGGACAUUGUUCUUGAUUGCGGGCAUAAUGCUAAGGAAAUUACUAAGAUGUCUGUCCACUAGGCUUUCAGCUACUUAUAGCUCAAUGUUAUUAUUGAUGUAUAAUGGUUGUCAUGCUCAGUGAGUAUUAUAAUUAUAAUAUAAUUAUUAGAGUAUGUAAUACGGGAGUUUUAGGAUUUUUUCCUCAAUUUUGAGCCUCUUAGCGAGUGGUUGAGGUCCCUUCUACUUUGAUGGUGUAAAAAAUAUUCAUUUAUUUCCAGAGAAAUUAUUUUCUUUAGUUCCACAA